AUGGCUUCCCUUACGAUCGGUUUCUACAAAUCAAGUUGUCCCUCUGCAGAGACAGUCGUUAGGAAAGCUGUGAACAAAGCCGUGUCGCAGAAUCCUGGCAUAGCUGCAGGACUCAUUAGAAUGCAUUUCCAUGACUGCUUCAUUAGGGGUUGUGAUGCUUCAAUCUUACUUGAUUCAACACCUGGUAAGCCCUCAGAGAAGGAAAAUCCAGUCAACAAUCCAGGCUUGCGAGGCUUUGAAGUAAUCGACAAGGCUAAGGCUAAGCUUGAAGCUCUAUGCCCUCAAACUGUUUCGUGCUCGGACAUCCUUGCAUUCGCUGCUCGCGAUAGCGCCUUAAAAGUGGGAGGAAUCAACUACUCUGUCCCUGCUGGACGGCGUGAUGGAAGAGUUUCCCUAAUAGAUGAGGUUUUUCAAAACAUCCCAUCUCCUUUUCUCAAUGCCACACAGCUUGAACAAAACUUUGCAAGGAAGGGACUAACUCUUGACGAAAUGGUCACUCUCUCUGGGGCACAUUCUAUUGGAAUCGCAAACUGUGCUACUUUCUCGAAUCGAUUGUAUUCCUUUAAUUCGACUCAUUCGCAGGACCCUUCAAUGGAUCCCAAGUUUGCUGAGGACUUAAAGGCCAAGUGUCCAAGAAAUGGAGCAUCAAGUGGUACCACUGUGCCUCUUGAUCCAGUUACACCAAAUAGAUUGGAUAACAAGUACUAUGUAGCUUUGACGAACCAUCGUGGCUUGUUAAUAUCGGAUCAAACGCUAUUGAGUAGCCCUUCAACGGCUGGGAUGGUGUGGAGAAAUGCAAAACUUGGUACAACUUGGGCUAAAGAGUUUGCAGCUGCAAUGGUCCGUAUGGGUUCUAUUGAUGUUCUCACAGGUACUCGGGGUGAGAUUAGGAAGAACUGUAGGGCUGUAAACUAA